UGCAUGCAUCUGUCAAAUGUCAAAGUCCGAAGUCUUAUCCAAUUCCCGUUUUUUUUUUCCCGCUAUAAAUACAGGAACGUACAAGCCAGUUCAUGCAUACAAACUCAUCUUCUUUCGUAAAAUGACUCGUCUCCGAUUUUUCCUCGAUACUUUCGUAGCAACUUUUCUCCUCUUUGGAAGUCUCACAAGCGCUGAUACGUGCAUCGAUUGUUUCAUCCAUUCGAGAGCUGCUCAUUACCCUAAUUCCGAUGUUAAUGGAACAGAAACUGGAUCGUGUGGCUAUGGUACGUUUGGGGCAACAAUUAACGGCGGAGAUGUAUCCGCUGCAUCAGAUCUAUAUCGAGAUGGAGUAGGAUGCGGUGCUUGCUACCAGGUAAGGUGUACCAACACUAACUACUGUUCAGAUAAAGGAGUAACUACAGUUAUAACUGACCAUGGUUCAAGUGGUAACACGGACUUCAUUCUGAGCAGACGAGCUUUUCGUCGGAUGGCUCAGAAUGAAGACGCAGCUGCAUCUCUAUUAGCAUUUGGCGUAGUAGAUAUCGAAUACAGAAGGGUUCCGUGCAGCUAUCCGAGCAAAAAUAUUACGAUAAAGAUAGAUGAAAACAGUAAUUACCCUCAUUAUCUGGCCUUUGUAAUUCAGUAUCAACAAGGCACAAAGGAUAUAACUGCUGUUCAACUAUGUGAGACACAGAGUUACGUCUGCAAACUAAUGGAUCGGAGUUAUGGAGCAGUAUGGACGACUACCUCACCGCCGAGUGGGCCGCUCUCAUUAAGGAUGCUAUUUAGUGACGAAAAUGGAGACGAGACAUGGGUAGUUCCAGUCAACGACAUACCUGAAAAAUGGAAACCCGGAGAAACGUACGACUCAGGAGUACAAGUGACCGCCUGAUUGAUGCAAGAACACCCCCCCAUGUUGUUGUCUGUUCAUCUCGAUCUUUUCAAUUGAUCUUUAUUGUUGUUUUUCAGAGCUAGGAUUCAGUAAUAAGUUGUUAACAAAUCCUGUAGAUUUUAAUCAGUUUAUGAAUGAGUAGAAAAAGGUGAAUCGCUUCAAUUUGGAUUCCAUUUUACGACAUACAAUGUUUGAAAAUGAAAACACGUGGUGUACUC